CGAAUAAUGUUUGAAUCGAACUAUACAAACUAGCAUCAAGCACUCGUUCGACUCUGUCAGAUUUCAAGAUGGAGGAAGAGAUACGAGCAUCAUUUCAGGUGUUCAACUACUUAUCAGAACAAUGUUUUACAAAAUGUGUGAUUCGUCUCGACAAUGACACCUUAACAAACAGAGAGAAAACGUGUGUGGAAAAAUGUUAUGAGAAAAACAUGUCAUAUCUGACGAAUUUUAAGAAGUUUUGGACAACUAAUAAUGAUGAACAUGCCGCCAGAGAAACACCUCAGGACGAUGGGAGAUAACUCCUCCUGGAAUGAAGCAAUUCGAACUCGCGUGUUUGUUAUGUCUGUUAUUUGUUACAUGUAAUUCAUUAAAUAGCUAUGAAUGGACAUUACAUGUUUAUGGCUUUUAUAUACAUGAACAUGGAAGAUUAUAUUUCAUGCAGAGAGACCUGAUCAGUUUCUUUCUUAUUUUACAGUAUGUACAUGUACAAUGCAAUAACUUGUCACAGUUUAGCAAUAAAUAUAACUGCAC